AUAUCUACCGAAAAAUCGCCGAAGCACCAUCACCCCUAACAAGAAACACCGUUUUUCUUCAAAAUAAUAAUAUAUUUGAAUAAAAAAUAAAAAUGGAAUCAUUUACAAAGGAAGAUCAAGAAAUCGCACAAAAAUUAAUGGAUUUCUACACCGAUUUAGUAGAAAACCACGUCGAUUUUCUAUCAUACUCGUUAUCGGAUCGAGUGAUUUUAGAUUGGUUCGGAAAAACGAUUAAAGGCGAACGAAAUAUAGCCCUCCACUUAAAAGACAACACAAAAUUCGUACACUUGCUUGAAAAUUUACAACCAGUAUUCAAAAUCGGUCAUCGAGACACUCACAUUGUCGAUGUUUCAAAAAAGCAAAAAUCGUUAACUUUAAAUGACUCAUCCUCGUUAGUUAACUCCGACGAGAAAACUCCGCCAAAAACUGAUGCUGGUUCUAGUCAUAUUUUCGAACAAGGACAAGGUGAUGGUUUACACAAUUGCGAAUUGCCGGUUUCUCCGAUAAAGAAAUUUAAAAAAUCGAAUAGUGUGGAGGAAGUUGUUAAAAUCGAAGAUGAAGAUGAUAUGAUAAAUUGCGAGGAGUGUGCCCCGAUCAGAUUUGUUCAAGCCGAUGGGUUUAUUGAAUUUCGUAAAAAAAGUGCGAAAAAAUUGCAAAGAGAAACCAAGUGGAAACGACCCUGCAAAUUGGAAAUAGCUUACUCGGUUGUUGGAGAUAAAGACUUUACAAUUCAUUUGAUUAUUUAUAGUAAUGAAAUGAAAUGCAAAAGAAAUUUGUUAAAAGAUUUUGAAAGUAUCGAAGACGAGUGAUUUUUUUUGUUUGUUGUUGUAAUUGGUGUUGUUUAGUAAGUUUAUUUAUUUAUGAGCUUGUAGUGCAAUGUUUUUGUUUGUACUUUUUGAUGUAGAUUAAUUAAUUGUAUAAGUGUACAUAUUUAAACGUACCUGGUUUAGUGCAAAUUUCAUUUUUAUAUGAACCGAACGAACUUAGAUUCAAUCAAAUUGAAUUAUUUUUUUAGAAAUAAGGUUUGUAUCCCCAUUUAAUUAAUUAACUUAGUUAAACGAAAUAUGCACAAAAAGGCGAGCAUAUAUUAAUUUGCUACGAUUGAUUUAGCAAGAUAUCAUUUCAUGUAAUAUAACCCCUUCAUUUACUUGCCUCUUCAAUUAUUCUUGUGAUAAGAAAUUCUUUUGUGCCAAACGUGUAAAAAAUAAAUUAAAUUGCGAAAGCGAUUGUUGCUUUAAGCUUUA